AACUGUCCAACAGCAGGGGAGGGAAGAAGGAGAGAAAAGAAGGGAGUGACGGAAGCCUACGAGAGCGAGGAGGAGUGGAGCGGUUAGUGCAUGGAGUAGGGAACUUGCUGCCUGUGGGAAAAUAAACAGCACAGGGUAUUUGCCGCCCUCUCAGAGGCCUCAGUCCGGCAGCAGCGGAUAAACGGAGGAUGAGAAUUUCAGGGAGGCAGCUGAUUUCAUAGCAGGAAGUGCAUGGGAGGUUGCUGGGAUUAAAGUCCCUCUUGGGAGGUGCUGAAGCUUUCCCGUGGAAGUACUACUGAGGACAAAAAGAGCCUAUGUCCACGGCUCACCAGUACAUGGAGAAGGAUGUGGAGGAAGAAGAAGAGCAGAAAGAAAAAAUCAAUUUUGAAGAGGAGAUCAGGAAACAACAGUGCAAAACUACCUCUGGAGAUGAAAUAGCAAAAUGCAGUGAGCCUCAGAGUCAGACACAUUCAAGUGACUUCGAAGUGACUCAGGAAAAACAUUCAGAUGAUUUAUCCCAAGCAGUACCUCCUGCUGGUCAGGAGUGUACCAGUUAUUACAACACUGAUGCAUCACCUACCAACAAAAGAGACCAAGCUUCCACAGUCUCUCCUGCACCCGAGAACUUAAAUGAAAAGGAAGAUCAGACUUGCUCUGAGGUGAAGACCGAGAGGGAAACAUGCAUUAUUAAAACUGACACAGGAACAGAGGAUAUCAGACCAAGCCCAGCUCAAAAUGCUGAAGGUGAGGCCUCUACUGAUUCAGCAGACCAGACGACUGGUCCGGAGGUGAUCUAUGAUGAUGUACCCUGUGAAGAAAAUCUGUCUUCAGGAGAAGCUGACUUGAUCUAUGAAGACAUACAGAAAGAGGAGGGCUUGCAAGGGCGCAAUAAUGGCUGGAGCUCAAGUGAGUUUGAAAGCUAUGAUGAGCAGUCCGACUCUGACAAAGCGCCAACCCGCAGCAAGCUCACCCCUGAUGUUCGACGACUGAGAGAACGUUACACCAGGACCAAACAGGAGCUAACCAUGAGACUGGGGGGCAGACAUCAGGUCCAUCAGCUGAUGCGGGCGGCACGUAGCGGAACGAAAGAUGGCCUGGAGAAGACCAGAAUUGCUGUGAUGAGGAGAGUUUCAUUCCUACAUAGAAAGGACCACUCAGAUGACACUGAUGAUGAUACAGGGUAUCUGGAUGUGAUGGUAUCAGAGGCAAAACACCCACCUGCACAACUGGGACCAAUGCCAGAUGGGCUUAGCAGCCUGCAGAUCGUCCGACGCCAUAUUUUGGGCUCCAUUGUGCAGAGUGAGAGGAGUUAUCUGGAAUCUCUUAAACGGAUCCUACAGGAAUACCAGCGACCUCUGAUGGAGGCCGAGCCUCGGAUCCUCAGUGUUAGGAAAAUCCGACCCAUUUUUUUCCGUCUGCGGGAGAUCAUGCAGUGCCACUCCAUGUUCCAGAUUGCCUUGGCAUCUCGGGUGGCUGAAUGGGACUCUUGUGAAAAGAUUGGGGACCUGUUUGUUGCUUCAUUCUCGAAAUCCAUGGUGCUGGACGUAUAUAGUGAUUACGUCAAUAAUUUCACCAAUGCCAUGGCCUUAAUUAAGAAAGCCUGCAUGUCUAAACCAGCAUUUCUGGAGUUUCUCAAGAAGAAGCAGGCGUCCAGCAUUGACCGCAUAACUCUCUAUGGUUUGAUGGUAAAGCCUAUUCAGCGUUUUCCUCAGUUCAUCCUCCUCCUGCAGGAUAUGCUGAAAAACACUCCCACUGGCCAUGUGGACAGACUGUCCUUGCAAUUGGCCCUGACUGAAUUGGAGACCCUUGCUGAGAAACUCAAUGAGCAGAAAAGGGUGGCUGAUCAGAUCACUGAGACGCAGCAGCUGGCUCGCUGUGUCAGUGACCGCUCUCUCAGCAAGCUGCUGAACUCCGAGCAGAGCUCUUUGAUCCUUUGCGAGACGCUGAUUGAGACGGUGUACGGCGAAAGAGGACAGGUCCUCAAGUCUAAGGAGCGAAAAGUCUUUCUCUUCGGUGACAUGCUCAUCUGUGCCAACAUCAACAUCAAGGGCCCCCCUGACAUCAGCAGUCUGGUUCCAGUAGGUCCCAAGUACACCCUAAAGUGGAGCGCCCCCUUGCAGCAGGUCCAUGUAGUUGAAGUGGGUCAAGAGGGUUCCCAGACCAAGGACGCUCUCUAUCAGCUCGGAGGAGUCAAGCGCUCGGGCAGCUCUGCGGGAUCGGGAAGUAUCUUUCUGGGUCCGCCCCGGCUGUAUCAGGAACUGCAGGAGUUGCAGCAUGACCUCUCAGUGGUAGAGCAGGUCACUCUGCUUGUGAGGACUUUACAGGGAACGUACCAGAAUCUGAACACCACUGUAGCACAGGACUGGUGUUUGGCAUUGCAAAGACUGAUCCGCAUCAAGGAGGACCAAAUUCAGAGCGCCAACAAGUGCCGUUUACGAUUGCAAGUCCCUGACAGACCAGACAAGUCUGGUCGUCCUGUGAGCUUCACAGUGGUCUUCAACACACCAAGCCCCGUCAGCAAGAUAUCCUGGGUCAACCGGUUACACUUAACAAAGAUAGCACUGAGAGACGAAAACACACCGGGUUGGUUCUCUGCAGAGGAUGCUGGUAAGACAAAAGCUCCAUUUUGGUGUCCACUGCUGUCCUGUCGCAUGCCUGCCUUCACCUCCAAAGGCCAGGAAUUUAAGCUGGAGGCUGCCCUUCACAAUCCUGUUCAGUGUGCUUUACUUGGUUUCUCAGCGGCGAGUACUUCACUUCCUCAAGGCUACCUCUGGGUAGCCGGUGGAGGUGAUUCCACUCAAGGCCAGGUGGACAUCUUCUCCUUGAACAGACCCACACCUCGGCCUGUAAAAUCCCUCCAGAUGGGAGCUCGAGUGAGGUGUUUGGAGUAUGUGCCUGAGCCCAAAUCUUCAGAGGACGGCAAAACCAGCCCUCACAGCUCCACUGGAGUUGGAAGUACUAUCUGUGUGGGACUUGAUGAUGGCAGCAUUCUGGUCUACGGAAGUAUGGACACAGCUGCCCAAUGUCUUUUGACUCUCCGUAACCCCGAGGGCUGUCCGGUUCUUUGUCUCAAACAAUCCGGGAACUUCCUGUUCGCUGGCUUGCGGGAUGGAACGCUAAUGGUGUAUGAGAGACAUCACGGAGGUGAGCUGUGGAACCAGGACUCCUGUAGGAAAGUAACAGUUGGUUCAGAUCCCAUCAGGACGCUACUUGCCUUGGAGGACUCGGUCUGGGCCAGCUGUGCUAACACAGUAACUGUAGUUGACGGCUCCAGUUUGUCCACUCAGAGAUUUGAGGUCCAUCAGGACCCGAUGGUGAGCGUGGCCCAUAUGGUACGAGCUGGAGGUGGCGUAUGGAUGGCUUUUUCAGAAGGUUCCUCUAUUCGCUUGUUCCAUACGGAAACACUGGAGCACCUGCAGGAGAUCAACAUAUCUACACCCUCAUCAUUUAACAACCCCAGUCAGAAGAGCAUGAGAGUUACCAGCCUGCUGAUUUGCCAGGGACAGCUGUGGGUGGGAACUGCCCAGGGCAUUAUCAUCACCCUGCCUGUGCCCAAGCUGGAGGGCAUCCCCAAAAUUACAGGUAAGGGGAUGACAUCUCUUAAUGCACACUGCGGGCCUGUGGAUUUCUUAGUUGCCCUUUCCAGCAGUUUGUCUCCUGAUCUUCUGAAGCGCGAUUCUGUGGUGGAAGGGCAUGAUUCGGCCUGUGCGGUGGAGGACCGCAGUGACUCGUCCUCUCAGGAAUCUCUCAAGCAGCCCAGUAUUUCUCCCCAAGUGGAUGGUAAAGGCAAGGGGCAGAGUGGGGUGUUGCUACAGUACCGCCUCCGCUCAACCUCAGGUUUGCCUGGGCGACCAUUAACCGCAAGAGGGGACGAAGCCUCGGACUCAUCUUUAGAAUCCUUGGAGCACAGCAUGGAAGACGGCUCCAUAUACGAACUCAGCGAUGAUCCAGACAUGUGGGUUAGGGGUCGAUCCUGCGAUAGGGACGGGGUGAGGAGGGAUAGGGUUACCUCAGUAGCAGUCAUCUCUGGUGGAAAGGGCUUCCGCCGACUGAGGGAGGGUUCUGUGGCGACUUCUGCAGAAAACACACUUAUGAUCUGGCAGCUUCCUCUCACGGUUUGAGCUGAAAUUGUGUUUUAGGAAUUGUGAAAUGAAAAUUGUUACAAUUUACCCGUACUGUAUGUCAUUCCACACCUGAAUGACUUUCUUUUGAAUUAAUGUACUGGUCACUCUUUUCAGCGCGGUUACAAUGAAUGAAAGCUUCAAAAAAGAUACAAAAGUUUAAAUGAAACUGGCUCAUCCUCACAAGUUAUCAUCAUACAGUGAUGAACAGUCCUUUUUAAGUUUAAGGGGUUAUUUCUCUUAUAAUUUUCCACUCUUGAGAACCGAAAAUCAUCCAUACCAAUUUUGUAAGCUCAACAGAUUUAUUGAAAAGAUCUGACUCAAGUCAUUUUACAAUUCAGACAUCAUCAGACAAAAAAAUAAAUAAAUAAAUUAUUCACACAAAGCUAUCAGCUCUCUACUUUUACAGGGUUGUUUUUUAUUCUUUUUUUUUUCACUUUGGAGCCUGACAGCUCUAGUCCUCAGUUUUAUCAUACAGAAGAAUGGUGACCAGGAUAUUUGAAAGAAACAAAGUAAUAUGGGUUUGGAAUGACAUGAGGAGAAGUAAAUGACAGAAUUUUCAUUUCAGAGUGAACUUUCCCUUUUCGCUGGGCAUGUGUGGUACAAAAUAUGAAGCUCUUAGACUGUUCACAAAAAAAAAAAAAAAAAAAAAAGACUUCUAUAUUAAAUGACCUUGCAAUCUCAAGAAAUACAGGUCCUCCAAUAAUAAUAUUCCAUAACUAAUAGGCUAAGAGCAAUACAUUUUCAGUCACUCAUUCUUUUACUGUACCUGGAAGCUGUUACCUUACCAGUAGAGAAAUUAAAUCCAUGUAUUUAAUCUCAGACUUCACUGUAAUCAGGGCCUAAACUAUUCAAAUAGAACAUUUCCUUGAGGCCUUAGUCCAGUCAGCCUUUAGUGAAUCAUGAAUUUUAUACACCACAAAAGCUGCUGAGUUUUUAUUUUUCAUUUUAUUCCCCUGCAUCUGAAAAAAUAAUAUCGGUGGAAAGUGAAAAGUAAAGUAAAAGGGGUUUUCAUGCUUUUGUGCAGUCACUCUGAGAAUACUCUCACUCUUUGACUCUUGAUAAUGUGAACGCAUGAAGUCAAGCCUGUGCAGGUCAGUGCUGUGUGUGUUAAAAAAAAAAAAAAAAAAAAAAGGAUUUCUAAACAAUUGAAGGCCUACAUUUCUGUGGUGAAUGGUGAAGCCUCAUUAAAAAUCUUUUUAGUGGACAUGUUUAUUCUUAUGUACACAACCUGGAAACAUUUUCACCAUAUGGCAGUCAUUUGAAACGUCUGCUUAAAUCACCAUUACUUAACAAGAAAGUUCAUUAGCAGCUGGUAGUAGAAUGAUACAAGCACCACUAAUUGCAGGAUAGUUGGGAAUCUUGUGAAGCUUUUGAUGUUUAUUUGAUCUUGUUGAAGGGUAUUGAAUGCUGAUAUUUUGUGUAAUAUCGCAGUUCCAUCUGCAAGCUACAGUUGGUUACCCUCAUUCUUUUUCCUUGUUUGAUCUACAUUUAAGAUGUUGUCUUCCAGUCUUCCAUUAGGAAUUGUGCCAGAUGCACAUUGUAUUGUGUAAAAGGGAAUAGUUUGAUGUUGUUUUUGGUACAAACGAACGAAGUAAAUAAAUAAUAAACUCAUUAAUGAAUACAGCUCUAAAAAGCUCUGCUUAUACACCAGCUUGGCCAAACUUGGAGCACUGAUGAACCAGCAUAGACCAGCAAACCACCUUUCUAAUCUAAUCUUUUUUUGGAGACAGCAAAUAAACAGUGUUAAACUAAAAUUCCUCAGAAAUAGCUGCUGAAUAAUACAGUUAAAUGGUUUAUUUUUCCACCUCUUACCACUUUGUCAUCAUGCAUUUUUCAUACCAUGCAACAUUAUGAACGUACGAAAUGUAUAAUUGGUCUUGGUAGUGCAAACUUGUAUUAAAACUGUUAAACUUAAAUUGCUUUUUUAUGUUUUUGCAUUAUAGCAUCAAACAUUUAAGAAGGCCAUAAUAUGCCACUGAAUGUAAUAACUGUAGCGCUACAACAGUCAUUCAUUGUUUGGAUAUGAAAUUCAUAAGUAAAAGUGAAUUAAAUUUAAUGUGAAUAAUACAAAGUGUGCAUUAUCCAUCCAUAUGAAGUAACCACUUGCGUUUCCAUUUGUGUCCCAAAUGCACUGAAUGUUUAGGAUUUGUUUAUGCUAAUAAUAUGUAGCCUCAUGUUUGUCAAUUCACUGUUACUAAAAUAAAAACAAUAAAUCUA